AUGAAGGGGAAGACCAGGAAGAAGAGCUCUAGGAAGGCCUCACCACCUUGGUGUGCUAAAAACUCCCCAAUCUCCCCCCAACCCCCAGAGCUACUGACGGUGGGCAUCGCCUCAGUGCGGCAUCCUCGAGAAAGCCACCUCCUGGACACGCUGACGUCCGUGUUCGAAGGUUCCACAGACUCCGAGCUGAACUGCUUUGUGGUGCUAGUCCACCUGUCAGAUCCUGACUCCAAGUGGCUUGGCCAGGCGGUUGCUAAUAUCCGAAGCCGUUUCAAAGCGCAUCUCGAUGCCCAAAGGCUGCUGGUGAUCCAAGGUCAUCUCGGUUCCUCUUCUCUCCCAGGAGAUCUAAAGACCACCAAUAAUGCUUCACACUGCGAGACACUUUAUUCCAGGCAGAAAGUCGGUUACUCCCUGCUCGUGAACUUUGCCGUCAACAUCUCAGAAUACUUUCUGAUGCUCGAAGAUAAUGUUCGCUGCGUCCCCAAGUUUGUGUCCACCAUUUACUGGACAUUAUUAGCCUGGAAAGAUCUACCUUGGGCAAUCCUGGAGUUCUCCAGCCUGAGCUUCUCUGGGAAAGUUUUCCACACCCAUGACCUCCACCGCCUGGCAUCCUUCUUCUUCCUCUCCCAUAAGGACCUUCCCACUCACUCACUCCUCUCCGAAUUCCAUCUUGUCUUGGCCCAAAGUGUCCCAAUUCGUUUCAGUCCCUCUAUUUUCUACCACAUGGACAAUCAUUCCGUGUUCCAGGGCACGUGCUUUCCCGUGCAGGAGGAAAAGGUCUUCGGUGAACCGGACAACCCGAGUGCCGGCAUCGUCACUGACAUGAUGAUGAUAGCAAACAUCAUUCCGGAUUACGCAUAUUUUCUGAACAAAGACUGCUUUUCUACCCUUGAUGCUGUAAGGGGCAACCACUUGACCGUGGUUUUUGACAGACCACAGAAUGUCAUCCGGAUAGAGGUGCUGACCGGUUCUGAAGAGCAAGGACAGUUUCAGAUGCAACAUGGGCAAGUACAACUGGGCUAUGAUCCGCUCAAGAAUUCCAAAGGCUGUGCCCGCUACAGUCUGCUCGGGCCCCUGGUGGAAGGAAAUUUGGAUCAGAGAGUGUUUUAUGAAACAGGUUCUGUGGAGGAGCUGAGGUGUAUACGCCUGCUCGUGCUGGUAGCUCAAGAGUCUUGGCUCCUGAUCAGGCAGAUCAAAGUCUGGACUCAGGAUGAGGAAGAAGAUAGUUUGAUGGAAAAGGAAAUUCUGUAA